AAUACCUUCCAUUGUGUGUGUUUAAAUAAAGAAAAAUAUUUUGGUUUAUUUAAUAAAAACAUCUAAUAAUAAAACAUGGAGAGAGAUGAAUAUUAUUCAUUCAAGAAGGCAGGUGCUAUUCCAUUCAAGUGGGAGAUCCGACCCGGUGUUCCCAAGAUCCAAGACCCGCAACUCCAGUUCGAAUUCGAAUUCGAAUUCCCAAAGCAUCAAAAUCAUGAAACGAAGAAAACUCCGUUUCGACCGAAACUCAAACCCCCACCAAACGGGUUAUAUUUCCAUCCCCAUUCGGAGCUCCAAACCCUAUUCUCUUCCUCUAAUCGGGUGGGGUCACCGGUUCUUGCCCGACCCGAAGUGGUUUCCUCGUCGGGGUGCACUCCUUUGAAGAAGCGACAAAAUGCGAAGAAGAGAACCGGCGAACCAAGAUCCCGAUCCCAACCCGAAUACUAUUCGGAUCACGACACCUCAUCAAGGUGGUCCGUUUCGAGUAGAAAUUCUAUCUCGCCAUUGUCUUCUCCCUUUGCUUCCUACCGAUCAUCUCCCCGGCCCGCUACCGACUCGGAUUGGGCGGCCUUCGGUUUAUUUUAGAAUUUUAUUUGUUUUAGCAUAAUGUCAUAUCAAAUAAUUAAUC